AUGGCUGCCAACAACAGGAAGCGCAAGUCCGACGGCGCGUCGCUGGCUGAGGAGGCCAGCUCCCCUAAGAGAGUUGCUGCUCCGUCCACUGGAGAGAAGAGGAAGAGGGGCCGUCCUCGCAAGUAUCCCGAGGGUACGACUCCUAAGCCUACUUCAGGCAGAGGACGCGGUCGUCCGCGCAAGGACCCCAACGCAGAAACUCCCUCCAAGCCUAAAACUCCCCAAGAGGGCAAACGCCCCGUGGGCCGACCGAGAAAGUCUCUCCCUAACACCCCUCUGAACGGCACCGACAGCCCCUCCCGAUUAAAAUCACGGAAAUCCGCGUCGGCCGAUGCCAAAGCGGCUGAGGAUGAGACCGAUAGCUCUGGUCGCUCGUACUGGUUGAUGAAGGCCGAGCCGGAGUCGCGCAUGGAACGAGGCGUUGACGUCAAAUUCUCUAUCGAUGACUUGCGUGAACGCAAGAAGCCAGAGCCGUGGGAUGGUGUACGAAACCCCGCUGGCUCACCGCCGAUAGCACGAAACCACAUCCGGCAAAUGAAGAAGGGCGAUCUCGCCUUCUUCUACCACUCCAACUGCCGAGUUCCCGGAAUCGCGGGUAUCAUGGAGAUCGUUCAAGAGCACUCCCCAGAUGAAUCAGCCCUUGACCCCGCUCACCCUUACUACGACGAGAAGUCGACGCGGGAAGACCCCAAGUGGGACGUGGUUCACGUCGAGUUCCGACGCAAGUUCAAGAACUUUGUGCCGUUGGAGGAACUGAAGAGUAAUGCCAAGUCGGGCGGACGACUGGAGGGUUUCCAGGUGCUGAAACAGCCUCGACUAAGCGUUUCUCGCGUGAGCAAGAAAGAAUGGGACUUUGUGCUGGGUCUCGCCAAGGAGGAUCCCGAAUCCGAGCAGUCGGCAGAAUCCUCUAAGGAGGAGGCCAGUGCAGAGGAUGUGGACUCAAGCGAGUAG